CUGGAGUGGAGCGUCCCCGAGGGCACCUUUGAGUCCUUCACUGUGCAGUACAGGGACACACAAGGCCAGCUGGAGUCCCUGCUCAUCGAUGGAGGGUCCCGCACGGUGACCGUGGCUGGGCUGUCCCCAUCCCACUGCUACAAUUUCUACCUGUACGGGCUGGUGGGGCACAAACCCCCAGCUCCACCAAAGGAGGAACCACCAUCUGAACCCCGCCUGGGCGAGCUCACGGCUUCCCAGGUCACCCCCGACUCCGUCCAGCUGCAGUGGAGUGUCCCCGAGGGCACCUUUGACUCCUUCACGUUGCAGUACAGGGCCGCACAAGGCCAGCCCCAGGUGCUGCCCGUGGACGGUGGUUCACGCACGGUGACUGUGCCCGGGCUGUCCCCAUCGCACCACUACAAGUUCAACCUGGCCUGGUACAGGGCCGCACAAGGCCAGCCCCAGGUGCUGCCCGUGGACGGUGGUUCACGCACGGUGACUGUGCCCGGGCUGUCCCCAUCGCACCACUACAAGUUCAACCUGUACGGAGUGUGGGGUCAGGAACGUGUGGGUCCCGUCUCCACCGACACUGACACUG